AUGGACUUCCCAGGUCAUUUCCAGCACAUCUUCCAGCAGCUCAACCACCAGCGCCUGCACGCUCAGCUGAUCGACUGUGUGGUGCUGGUGGGAGGCCAGAGCUUCGAGGCUCACCGCUCCAUCCUGGCAGCAUGCAGCUCUCACUUCAGAGCCCUCCUGAGCUCCAGUGACGCUGGAGAUGAGGUUGGAGCAGCGUGGGUCGACAGAGGUGAAGGCCCAAGUGUGAUAGAUCUGGAUCCAGAGGUGGUGACCCCCGAGGCCUUCUCCACCCUGCUGGACAUGAUUUACACCUCCACCCUCUCCCUGGGACGCUCUAACGUGAUGGACGUUCUGCUGGCCGCCUCGCACCUCCAUCUGAACACUGUGGUGAAGGCCUGCAAGCUCCACCUGUCCAGGAAGAACUUCCCUGCUUCGCCGCCUAAAGGAUGGAGGUCAGUGCAACAGCAGCAGCAGCAGCAGCCGUGUCCCCCCUCACAGGCCGAGAGUUCGCCCUCCCUUCAACUGGUCUCGUCUGCCAUGGAGGAGGACCCAGAUGAAGAUGGAGAGGUAGUAGAGGUGAGCCAAUCGAUUGGGGAGGUCAGGGGAGUCAAUGGAGAGACAGGUGCAGCCGCACCGUCCUCGAUGUAUAAAAGGAAGUCACAGGAGGACAGGCUCAGCGGCAGGAAGAGAAGCUGCAGAAUGCCUGAGGGAAACUACAAGGAGUGUUCUACCACUGUGACCAGCAGAAGCACUGUCAGUGCAGAGGAGGGAGGAGAUGAUCCACCGUCCCGAGACCACCUGAGGACAGCUGAUGGACUUUUGGAGAACCAAGGGGAUGAGGAGGUGGAGGAGAAAUACGAAGCAACCAGGGGAGAGUCAGAGGAGAUCCAGCUGCCGAGCCAGUCGGACAGCAGCACGGGAGGUGCAGGGGCGUUGAAGAACGAUGGAGAUACAGAUGGAGACACGGUGGUGAAGGUAAAAGUGGGAGAAGAAGGGGAGGAAGAGGUAGAGGAGCCAGAGAUGGUGAUGCUGGAGGUGAAAAAGGAAAAUCUAAGCUCUUGCUCCCCAGAUUUAGAUUCUCCUCCAUCCCAACCACUAGACUGCACAGACAAUUUGAACGCACAAGUAAAUAAUGAGAAAAUGUCCACGGCAGCCGACCCAGCACUGGGUGGUGUUGGCUGUUUACAAUCUCAGCUGUGCACAGAUCUUCAGACUGACACACACAGGGACGAUGGGGAUUUGUGUGAGGAGGCUGAAGGCCUGGACAGCCUGUCAGAGCUGGCCUUCUCCUGCUUCCUCAAUCCCAGCGCCCUGGGAGCCCUGGAGGAAGAAGACAGCCUCGCUAGUCUCACAGCUGCAGCCACUGCAGCCGCCGCCGCCGCCAGCGAUGCUGGAAAUUCCUCUGAUUCCUCCUCCUCUCUUGUUUUUCCAGUAACCUCUGUCCCUCUGCAGCAGCUUCUUCCGACUCAGAGCUCUGGUUUUAGCGACACGCUCAUCCUGCAGCCCACCCAGAACUCUUUAGCAGGGUUUCUAAGCGGCAUCAGACCCGGCCUCAGUUUGGAAGCCUCCCUCGUCCCACCCACACCCUCUAGAGGUGGGACAGGCUCAGGUGCGACAACCUUCCGUCGCAUUGCUCCCAAGGUGGUGCCUGGGUCAGAGGCCGGCACAGAUCCGUCCUCCUCCUCUUCUGGGUCAGCGGGGGAUGCUGCUGCUGAUCGGCCUCCUCUAACCAGAGCUUCAGAGGAUGUUAUGUCCAAGUGCAAGAAGGCGGCAGCCGAGGACCAUGUGCUGUUAGUAGAAGGGGAGAAGAAAUACGCCUGCAGCAUCUGCUGCAAAACCUUCAUGAACCUGACUGACUGUAAGAAGCACAUUCGUGUCCACACGGGAGAAAAGCCCUACCCCUGUCCGAAGUGCGGCAAGCGCUUCAGCCAGUCGUCCCACCUGUACAAGCACUCCAAGAACACGUGUGUGAACUGGAAAGACGAGCAGUCGUUCCCAGAACCGCUGCUCUGACCUCUUUGCUAGAGGAAGAAAACAAAUUACACUAUGAAUCUGAUUAUUUUCAAAUCUCAAACACUUGUUCCAUGAAAUCAAAAAUCAAUGUGGUUAUAUAUUUACUUGAUGUUUUAUUUUGUUUCAACCAAGCUGUUUUUUCCCAUAAGUGAAACAUUCAAUGUAGCAAAACCAAUGUGAAUGCACUGAAACUAUCCUCAAAGAAUAACAUGGUU